AUGGACGCUCUGUCGUCAGGGACAUUACAGUCGCCGUCGACAUUUUCCGACAGUUCUAAAACGGGAAGUAGUUUUUCUGCUGCAGCUUCCGAUAGAGGGGAUCAAGACUUCACUAAGGAUAAUGCCGCAUCCCCAAUCGAUUUAGAGUGCCACAUCCAAGCUGAGCGGAUCACAAAGAUAUUGGACGAAGCUGUCUAUAAAACUAAAUUGGCGCUCUGCCUUCCAAACUUAGUGCAAGAGUACCGCACACUAAACUCUAUCCUAUCAUCUCAGCAUAUGGAGGAUUUGGUUUUUAUAUUUGAACAGUAUGAUAAUCCGCUCUUCACGACCAGUUUGCUUAACAUGGCUGCUAUGGAGGAUGUCAAAGCGGGUGAUGUAUCAUUGAAGAAUCGACUUAAUCCUGAGCUCGGGCAUCUGAUGUACAUUAUGAACAGUUACCCGGCACUUCGUCCGAAAGUAGAGGAAAUGAUUCAAGAGGUGAGAUAUACUUAUCUACUCUCUCAAAAAAUUUGAAUAAACCAACAAGUUUCUGGAAUGGAGUACCUUAUAACUUUGGAAAAAUUUCGCGAGCUUAUGGUGAGACAGAUGGAAACAACAGCAGCAGAGGAGUUGACUACAAAAAUUAAUACUAGGAAACUGGAGGCAUCUAACCAGAAACUGUUGAGCAAAAUUAAAGAAUAUACGGAUACACUGAAAGAAGAGAACGAAAAAUUUGAAGAGACGAUGAAAAUGAAAUCGGAAAUGAUUUCAAAACUAGAGAAAGAGUUAGCUAUGCUGAAUCAAGAAGCUGACAUUAAGCUGAAGAAAAAAAUCUUAGAUUCUGAUCGUCAAAUGGUGUUAGCCACUCGAGCGCACAUAGUAAAGAACGAAAUGCUCAAAGAAGAGGAAAUUGAAUCGAGAGAGAUGUACGAAAACUUGCUAAAGACUCAUCUUAUCGAAGAGAAAAAUCAGCGAGCUAGGAGAUUUAAAGUUGAGACGCAGUUACUGUCCUGGCUCCAGAAGUACGAUCUUGAAAUGGGAGACAAGCAGGUGGAGCUCGACGACUUUACCGAGAAGUAUGAAGAUGAGUUGCAGAAAUGUGAAGAGCUAGAGGCAAAGAUAGCAGAACAGGACAAAGAGUACAUCCCACUGAUGGCAGAAAGGGAAGAAGAGUACCACCAAGAGAUGAAGGAGAAGAUGAAUAAGUUCCUCAUAGAACACGCAGCGAGAGUCAUCCAGAAUGCUUGGAGAGAGGUGUUGGCCAAUAGAGCGGAGAAGAAACGGCUCAAGAAAUUGCAGAAGAAAAUGCAAGCGGCCGCUGCAGCUGCAGAGAAGAAGGGAGGAAAGAAAUAGAACAUGUUUUUUUGUAUAAUAUUGUAAUAAAAAACACUGCUUUA